GGCGGCCGGGAGCGGGCUGCUGACCUGUCCCCACAGCCAGGCGAGAAGCAGCCGCUGGAUCUGGGGAAGCUAGUGAGCUCGGUGGCGGCCCAGAGACUGGUUUUGGACACUCACCCAGGUGUGGAGAUUCCCGAAGCUAGGGACAUAGCCCAGCGUCACAGCCAGGGCAGCCAACCUAGAGCCCAGAACAAGGCUGCCCAUCCCCCUCCACUGUCCCUCAACUCCAUGGGUGAGGCGCCGAGUAGUCUCACUGGGAAGCGGCAGACCUGUGACAUUGAAGGCCUGGUGGAGCUGCUGAAUCGGGUGCAGAGCAGUGGGGCCCACGACCAGAGGGGCCUUCUGCGCAAAGAGGACCUGGUGCUUCCAGAAUUUCUGCAGCUGCCGGCCCAAGGGCCCAAUUCCCAGGAGGCCCCACCACAGACUGAAUCAGAGGUCCAGCCCAAGGGGGACCCCUCGGACUCCACUGCCCACUCGGGCCUCUGACAGCUGCCCAGCAGUCCAGGCCGGCUGCAUGGCACCUGGCGGGCCAAGCAUGCCAUGGGCCCGCUCUGCAUGCCCUGUCUGUGCCAUGAGUGUCCUUGGCCCCUUCCUGCCAUGGGCAGGCCCGCAGGAAGAGCUGGACGAGGGUGGAGAGCGGGCUUAGAGGAGCCACACCCCACAGCUACCAGCGCUUGGUCCCUCAUCAGUUCGCUCACCCAUCCCUUGCUGCCAGGUCACUGAGGGGAGGUGGGCCUCGCCUCCCCAGUACAGGCAUGCCCAGCACAGAGGGGCGGCGUUGGCGGUGCCAGCCCCCCACCCUGGGCUAGGCCUCAGCGGGGAGCAGGAGGUGGGGCUGGCCCCUCCUCAGGGAGCUGGAAUGAGUAAGGCCUGGGGGUGCAGGCGGGCAGCCCCUCACUCUACUCACAUAGGCUCUGCUGGACGUAUGGAUUUUGCAGUCAGCCUGGGGCAGCUGGGUUUGUCCUGGAUGUACGAUAUUGUUAUUAUAAUAGUAAUUAUUAUUCUCCCAUGAGGUGUGUUCCUUGUGUGCCUGUCCACCCUGUGUUCCCCCCCGCCCCCCACAACUGCACUGCCUCUGUCACCAAGGUCAGUGCCAGGAAGCUCUUGGGGACCUCAGGAUGUGCCCCCCGACUUCCUGUUGUCAGAACUUCUCUUCCUGACUGCACAGAGUAUUGGGGUGUGAAUAUGAGAGACAGACAGAGACGGGGAGGGAAGGAGGAAGGGGGGAGGGAGGGGAAGGCCCUUCUGGGGAGCUGCGCCUCUGCCACCUGCCCUCAUGCUGUUCCUCAGUCUCUGGAUCUGAGGAGAGCACAGCAUCUGGUUGUUGUCCUCUACUUCUAGUAGUGCUCGAGUGUGUCUCUGCAGACAUGGCUGUGGGCUCCUUGGGAUGCAUGAAGGGCCUUGUGGAGGAUACUGGUUGUUGUGGUGGGGGCAGGUUCUGUUCCUUGCCUGCUUUGGCUGGGUAGUCAUCCCUGUCCCUAGGCAGCCCACACAGGGAGGGGGAGCAGGGAGGACCUCCCAGAAGGAGGGCCCAGCAUGUGGGCAGAGAAGCCGGACUCAGUCCCGGUGCCGCUGAGACAGAGGAAACAAGGGGACAUGGGAACCUCGAAGGGACACUUGGGGAGUGAGGGACCCUCCUGACCCCCUCAGGCAGGUCAAGCUCUCUUCCCCACUCCAGUUCUUUGUGCUUGCUGUCCCCUCUGCCAGGAACUGCCCCCCCCCCGCCCCCAUGCCAUCAUGGCACCUCGUUCUUGAAAUUCCUGAGAGAUCAGUGGGGUUUGCUGGCCCAUCAUGCCUUUCUCCAGAAGUUGAACCCAAGCCUUUCUCGGGGGCCUUCAGCCCUCUGCCCCCUCUGCUCAUUUUGCUUGGCUGGGUUGACCAGACCCCCUAGCUGCUGGAGGGGGGCUCAUGACCCAGGCCUGGUCAAUCAGAGUUUGGUGCAGGGAUGAUUCUCUGACCCCAAUCAAAAUCCCAGUCCUGGUCAUCUACCAUUUCCCGGGGAUUUGAACAGAGGUUAUGCAGGGAGAGAACCUGCAUGUCAGUGAAGCCAAUACAGGACAGCAGGACUGAGAGAUAGAAGGAGAUUCUUGACAAAAUUUACCUGAACACCUAAAUUCACCCAGGCCUGAAGUCAACCACCCCUAGACAUUCUCAUUUAGGCAAGCCAACACAUUCUUUCUGUGUGCAUGUGCCUGGGACUCUGAGUGGGUUUUCUAAGACCUGCAACCACAAAAGUUCUGCUUCAUCAUUCAGCUUGAACACCUCAGCAGAGCCUUCCCUGGUCACCUGAUGCUGUGAUCUAAACGUUUGUGUCCAUCCCCCCACAACCCCGCCAUUCAUAUGUUGAAACCCCAGUCCCAAGGUGAUGAUGGUAUUAGGAGGUGGAGCCUUUGCAAUGUGCUUGGUCUUGAGGGUGGAAUCCUCGUGAGUGAGGUUAGUGCCCUUAUAAAAGAGAUCCCAGAGAGCUCCCCCACCCCUCCCACCCUGUAAGGACAGAACAAGAAAUUGGCUGUCUACAACCUGGAAGAGGGCUGUCAUAGACACCAAAUGUGCUGACACCCUGAUCUUGGACUUCCAGCCCUAGAAUUGUGAGAGAUAAAUUUCUGUUGCUUAUAAGCCACCUAGUCUCUGGUAUUUUUGUUAUAGCAGCCCAAACGGACUGACACCAGAUUUGAAGUGCUCCCCAACUUUGUUCUCUACAAUGCUGUCUAGUUUUCUUCCUUCAUAGUGCUCAUCCCACUCUGUAAUGACCUUGUUUACUUAUUUACACUUGUUGGCUGACAAUAUGAAAAACAUGCCCUGAUGGCA